UUCUCAUGGGAUGCUCUUCACCUCCCCGACAAGGUCUCCUCAUUCCCCCAACACCUGCAGCACUCAAAAGAUACCCCUCUUGCCCCCAUGGACAGACUCCGUGUUUUGCGAUUCCUUUGGUUCUUCUCUGCUGCCCCUGUCUUGGCUGGUUACCCCAUUUGGUGGUCUUUGGCUCUUGGGCAACAGUACAGCACCCUGGGCUCACAGCCCAUCCUCUGCGGGUCUAUCCCUGGACUGGUACCGAAACAAAUGCGAUUUUGCCGAAACUACAUUGAGAUAAUGCCCAGUGUGGCAGAAGGGGUGAAGCUAGGAAUUCAGGAAUGCCAACACCAAUUCCGUGGCAGAAGAUGGAACUGUACUACGAUCCAUGACAGCCUGGCUAUCUUUGGACCAGUCCUGGAUAAAGCCACACGGGAAUCAGCAUUCGUUCACGCCAUCGCCUCCGCUGGGGUGGCAUUUGCAGUGACCCGAUCCUGUGCGGAAGGUAGCUCCACCAUAUGUGGUUGUGACUCCCAUCACAAAGGCUCCCCCGGUGACGGCUGGAAGUGGGGUGGCUGCAGCGAAGACGCCGACUUUGGAGUCCUGGUUUCCCGCGAAUUCGCUGAUGCCAGAGAGAAUCGUCCAGACGCCCGAUCAGCCAUGAACAGACACAACAAUGAGGCAGGACGAGCGACCAUCCUAGACCACAUGCACUUGAAAUGCAAGUGCCAUGGUCUUUCUGGUAGCUGUGAGGUGAAGACCUGCUGGUGGUCGCAACCAGACUUCCGAGCCAUUGGCGACCAUUUGAAGGAUAAGUACGACAGCGCUUCAGAGAUGUCCGUGGAGAAACACCGGGAGUCACGUGGUUGGGUGGAAACCCUCAGGGCCAAGUACUCCUUAUUUAAACCUCCCACGGAGAGGGAUCUGGUCUAUUAUGAGAACUCGCCCAACUUCUGUGAACCAAACCCGGAAACUGGCUCUUUCGGAACCAGAGGACGUUCUUGCAACGUGACAUCUCAUGGAAUCGAUGGCUGUGAUCUCUUGUGUUGUGGACGAGGCCACAACACGCGCACAGAGAAGCGCAAGGAGAAAUGUCAUUGCAUUUUCCACUGGUGUUGCUAUGUGAGCUGUCAGGAAUGUGUGCGAAUUUACGAUGUCCAUACCUGCAAGUAACACACAGGUACCAAAGCUAAAACGUCCGUCUGUCCAUGUUGGUUGAGAUGUCCUCCUAUCUUUGUGAAACAUUGUCAAACUGUACCAUGCAGAGCAGUAGUACUCCAACAAAAAAAUGGUUUAAAGAGCAAUAAUAUAAAAAAAUCUCACCUGAAUCUAAAAGAAAAAAAAACAUUGGAAACCAGAACAAACAGGUGAAAACCCUGUUGUGUACAUGUGGGCAAUAUAUCACGCAUACCAUUUAAAAAAAAUAUAUAUCCAGUUGACUAAGGAUUGAAAAUUGCUCGUCAUUGUCCCAAAUCACUGACAUGUUCCAUAGCCUCGACAUAUAGAGGAGUCUUUUUAUACUACUUUAGAGACUUCCUCUUAGGGCACUUAAUUUUACAUUUCUGCAGGUUUCCACCAGCUGUUAAAAAGCACUGGACGUAGAAGAUCCAAUACAGAAGUCUUCCGUGCUGCAGACAAUAUGAGGUCUAGCUGUUGUAAAAUCGGCUUAAUGUCUACUGC